AUGGACGCUGCGGCAGACCCCAACCCCCCGCCCUCCACCGAUCCCGCCCCGGCAUCCUUUUCUAACGAGUACUGGAACGGUAUUUCCUCGCUCUAUCCGUCCGCACCAUCGCACGAAGAGCCCUUUGGCAUUGGGUGGGACCACCCUGUCUUCCAGACCCCCCAGGCUCAGUCUUCAGACCUGUAUACUCACCCCCAACAAACAUGGCACCAAUCUCCACUACAGCACACCGUUCUCCCCGAGCCACACCAAGUCUUUGACCUCCCAAAUCAGUACCAGAUUGCGUUUCAACAGCAACAGCAGUCCCAGCAGCAGCCAUCGUCUCAGCACCAACCACAGCAGCAGGCCGCUCCACAGCCUCGGCAGCAACAACCACCCAUUGUUACCUAUGAUUCCUCGCAGCACACCCCCGCUUACCCGGCGUACCCGUUCGACAACUCCUACUAUAGUCCCCUGCCGCCUGCCAGCUAUGCCCCGCAAGCAUCAGUGGAUUUACAGAGAACGGCACUUAGGCCUGGUGGAUCAUCGGAAAAUCAGCAACCCACCUACUCAAAUACUGCCAUUCAACAAAACAUUCAACCACGGCCAGGUCCAUAUCCUAACGAAUAUACACCUCACCCUACCCAUGCGAACUAUCACAAUACGAUUGAUCCUCAAUUCCUUACGGCAUCGCGGCACUCGCUAAUACCACCGGAACAGACACAACGAAACAUCUUCGUUGUAAAUCCUGCAGACCUUGAGAGGCCCAGCGCGGUUCGGAAUUUCCAAAUUAAGGCGGAAUAUUCAAAACCGGCUCUUCUCCCAGCCCCAAGUCAAAAUCUCACACAAAUCAAACAGGUCAAAAAUGGCAAGCAUUGCACCAUUCUGCGAAAGACUGCCCACCGUUCUAACCUUCAUUUUGUAGCUCCGGCGAUUUCCAAAGUUGAAAGACCUCUCCAGCCACGUCUGAAGAAGGAGUCUCCUGUGAGAACAAAGCCCUUGGCGAAAAAUGAUCCCGCUCGGACACCCAGAAAACAGGGCCAGCCUCUAUCAGAUAGUAGCGACAGCUCUGGGUCGGAGUUGGAUGAGCCCCCAGAGGCAUCUCCGCUUCCACCAUCGAGGCCCACGGAUCCAGAUGGUAACAUUAAAUAUGAUGCUAUGAAAAUUGUUUGGUUCCCAAGAAAUCGGCAUCCUUCUGCCCCAGCAGUUAGGAAUGCGAUGGUAUUAUUCUCAGAUUUAGUUAAGGGCGUACGGGAUGUUUGGAAGUCUCGGAGCGAAGCCCUCAAAGCGGCAGAAAAUCAGGGCCAGGAAGAUAAAAUACCAGCAAUCAAGCGGGAAGUAAUCAUGCAGCGGCGAUAUUUGGACAUAAUAAUUAAUAUAGCCCUCAGUCAUGGGCACCCUGCGUAUAUUCAAAGAUUCGGUGAACACCCUAUUACCGUGUCCGCUUUUUAUUCAUUUCUUUUAGAUAGACACACUGCUGCAGAUAGUGAUGGUCCUCUAACCGUAAAUAUACUAAAGCUAAUGAGCAAAUUUACCACCAUGGACCAAGCUACUCUCGAAAAGACGAAGAACGACAAAAUUCUGACCCGCUUUGUCAAAAAAGGGGGCGACACCAUCAAGAAACUUGCCCAAAUUGUACUCGACAAUGCAGCUCUUGCAGCGAAAACUAAAACUGAAUCGUCAAAACCAUCGUCAAAGGAAACCACACCUCAAUUGGUGAUUAAAAAAGAAGCUGUUGAAACGUCUGAUAAUCCAUAUGUUCUAAUCCGCAAUGCUCUUCCACAAAACAGCAAGAAAAGGCCACGAGAGCUUGAGGAGAAAAGCGCCCAAACACCGAAGCGCGUGGUUUCUCCCCCGAACGUUAAAAAUUCUCAGACGUCCCUACCAGCUAAUCUCGGCGUUUCGCAACGAAGUGUUGGUCCUGCUAAUGACAGUAGAGCUGUGCCUCUUGCCCCCACCACAAAACCCAAGGCGAAUAUUGUUACCCCUAAACCGACCCCCAGUUUAUUUUCUAGCCUAAUGUCUGCCUCAAAAAAGCCCGGGACUUCAAAUGCGGCACGUGCUGCCGCUGCCGCGGCAGCCAAAGAAAAAUCUAAGGUGGAACAAGAAACCCCACGGGCACCGCCUCGGCCAAUGUUCUCUUUCUCGGAAACUUUAGCCGACCUCAGCAAGCCUAAACCGGUCGUUUCGACGAAACCGGUCGAAGAGCGGCCCCCAGAAACAGAGGAAGAAAGAAAGAAAAGAUUAAAAAAGGAGGAACGCCGGAAACUGAGGGUGUCCUGGAAACCAGAUGACAGCCUUGUCGAAAUUCGCUUAUUCACGCACGACCCAGAAGAAGAUAUUGGCCGCGAUGAUAGCGCCCGACGUGAUGUGAGUGAUUUGGCUGGUGAAGGCAGAACUCUUAAAAUGCAUCGGGGCCUAGACGAUUUAGACGACGAUGACGAAGAUGAUAUGUUACCUUACAACUGCCCAUUUGAAAUCGAUUUUGCCAUGCUUGAACCCGAUUGCCGCGAAAGGAAUUUCUUCAAAACUGGUGGCCGAAGUGCACCGGCUAGCGCGACGAAGGAACAACAAGACCAGAGAGAAGCUAGCACCUUAAGUGUAUUCUACACCUCUCCGGAUGAUAUUCCAUGCUCCCCAAAAGAGCCUCCAGGCUUAGAUAAAGAAGAAGAGACUUACGAGCCCGAGGACGACUUUGGGCAGCCCAACGACCAAGUUAAGGCCCGAUCUGCAAAGUACUUCGCCGCGAUGGCUGGUAUCACCAUGAAGACAUCACCCGUUACAACACAGCCAGGACGACAGGCACCCACGGCAGCACCAGGUUUAACGCAUCCCCAAACUGCCGCGCAAAUGGAUAUUUCCACUUUACUCAAGGUCUUGCAAGGCAACCAGGUGCCACAACAGCAACACCAGCCACAACCACAAUCCAACAUGUCUGAUCUUGAAAAGAUUUUCGAUAAGUUUCGCGAUCCCAAUCAACCUCCCACGAGACAAACUGGCCAACUACCUCCAUCGAUGCCAGCUCCCUCGGCUCAGGGGCUUGAUUGGCAAAAGCUACUCAACGUGAUGAAUCUUCAGCAACAAAUGCAGCCCUCUGUGUUCUCUCAGGCGCAACCUUCCCAGGGACCUGAUCUCGCUGCAGUUCUUGCUCAGCUAUCCACACCCGCUAGUAGCCAGCAGGGACAACAGCAGCAGCAGCACCAACCACAACAAAUAUCAAACCAACAAUCAGCGACAAGCCAGCAAUGUUCGACUCCGUAUGAGAACCCAGAACGCAAGCGAUAUCGCGAGAGUGGUAUUAGGCCAGAUGCUGAAACCAACACCGGGCAGGGUAAACGUUUCAAGGCAAACGGCGAACCAGUCGGGUCCAAAAGGCAUGGAAGACGUUCUCGAAAGUUCUCCCGCCGUCACUAA